GCCGCGCCGAACGGUGGGGACACGGUGGGGACACGGUGGGGCCGCGGGGUCCCGGCUACCCCAUCCACCUCCGCACCCCCUCCCGGGAUCCCCCACAGCCCCCGGGGCCCCCGUCCCUUCCCGCACGCGGCCUCUCUGUCCCCUCUCUGUCCCUCUCUGUCCCUUCUCUGUCCCUCUCUGCCCUCGGGGGUGCCCCCGGGUCCCCGACCCCAGGCUGAGCCCCGCCAGCGAGAACGGCUCUGCUUUUUUACCCAUUUUAUUAUUACUAUUUUUAUCAUUAAUUAUACAUUCCAAUUUUAUUAUUAAUUUUCACGCCCUCCUCGCCCCGCCCGGGCGGCGCGGGAUGGGGCUCCGGGGGCAGCCCCCGCUCUCCAUGCCCGGGCAGCGCUGCCGCUGGUAGGUGUCCCCAGGGCUGUCCCCUCCGGGGGACAUGGGGCAGGGAGCCGCGGGGCUGCCCGGGGUGCUCAGCCUGGCCGGGACCCCGCUGCUGCUGGACGGGGGGCACACGCUCCCUCCCGGGGAGGAUGCUCUGAGCCACGGACGGGGCCUGGAUUGCUGGGAGGUUCGGAAGCACAACAGCUCCGAGUGGUGCCACUUCAUCCGGAGCAACCCCGACUGCCAGAUGGACGGGGGAUUCCUCAACUACCUCGAUGGGGUCUUCUGUGUCUUCCCGCCCCGGCUGCUGCCCCUGGCUGUCACCCUCUAUGCUCUCUGGCUCCUGUACCUGUUCAUCAUCCUCGGUGUGACAGCAGAGAAGUUCUUCUGCCCCAAUUUAUCAGCUAUCUCCACCAACCUGAAGCUAUCCCACAACGUGGCAGGUGUCACCUUCCUGGCCUUUGGGAACGGGGCACCUGAUGUCUUCAGUGCUGUGGUGGCCUUCUCCGACCCCCGGACAGCGGGGCUGGCCAUCGGGGCCAUCUUUGGUGCCGGUGUGUUUGUGACCACGGUGGUGGCCGGGGGCAUCGCCCUGGUCAAGCCCUUCACGGCCGCCUCCAGGCCCUUCCUCAGGGACGUCAUCUUCUACAUGGUGGCCGUCUUCCUCACCUUCGUGGUCCUCUACUUGGGCAGGAUCAGGCUGGGAGAGGCUCUGGGUUACCUGGGGCUCUACGUGUUCUACGUGCUCACCGUGGUGCUCUGCACCUGGAUCCACCGGCGGCAGCGGGGGGAUGGGCUGGCCCCUCCCGGUCCCUGGGAGCCAGAGAUGCCGACAGAUGUGGAAGAGCCGGAGCCCUCGGGCACAAACAGUGGGGACUAUGGGGAGGAGUACCGGCCCCUGCUGCCCUCCCAGGAGUCCUCCCUGCGCAUCCUCACCGCAGCCCUGAGCCCCCUGGACUACCGCAAGUGGAGGAGGAAGCCCUGGUACUGGCGGCUCUUCAAGGCCUUCAAGGUGCCUGUGGAGCUGGUGCUGCUGCUCACAGUUCCUGUUGUGGAUCCUGACAAGGAUGACCUGAACUGGAGGAGACCACUCAACUGCCUGCACAUCCUCACCAGCCCCCUACUCUGCGUCCUCACCCUGAAGUCAGGCACCUAUGGGCUGUACCAGAUCCAGGGCAUCUUCCCAGUCUGGGGACUGGUCACACUGGUUGCCUCUGCCCUGGCCCUCAUCAUCUUCAUCACCACAAGCAACGAGGAACCACCCAAGUAUCACUGUGUGUUUGCCUUCCUUGGGUUUUUGGCCAGUGCCAUGUGGAUCAACGCCGCGGCCACGGAGCUGGUGAACAUCCUGCGCACCCUGGGCAUCAUCUUCCAGCUCAGCAACACCGUGCUGGGCCUGACACUGCUGGCCUGGGGCAACAGCAUCGGUGACACCUUCUCUGACCUCACCAUGGCGCGCCAGGGCUAUCCCCGCAUGGCCUUCUCCGCCUGCUUCGGCGGCAUCAUCUUCAACAUCCUGGUGGGCGUGGGCCUGGGCUGCCUGCUGCAGAUGACCAGCAGCCAGCCGCUGGUGAAGCUGGAGCCUGACAGCCCGCUGGUGUGGGUGCUGGCCGGGGCGCUGGGGCUGAGCCUGGUGUUCUCCUUCGUGACGGUGCCAGCGCAGUGCUUCCAGCUGGGAAAGGCCUAUGGCGUCUGCCUGCUCACCUACUACCUGCUGUUCCUCAGCGUGGCCCUGCUCACCGAGUUCAGGGUGAUCCAUUUCUCCACCCCCUGAGAGCCCCAGCAGGUCCAGCCCUGGGUCUCGCUCGCCAUCCCCUCCCUGUCCCUGGCAGGGACACAGGGACACCUCGCCCUCACCCUGCUGCCCGAGGGGCCAGCCCAGCCCUCGGCCCCUGCUGCCCUUUGGGGAAGGAGCUGCCAGUGCCCACAUCCUCUCCUCACUCUCUUUAAUCUAACUCAUGGAACCCUCAGCUGUGUCUGGCGGCAGGGGCAGGGCCAGAGGAUGGGGAAGCUCCAGCUCAGGGGCACAGCAGGAGAGGUUUUGCCUCCUCAGCUCCAUGUGGGGACAGAGCUGGGGCAGUUGUGCUGCACAGGGUGACUCUGCCAAGGCCCAAGCACACGUCUGUCCUUGGGAAGGACUGUCCCUGGUGGCACCAUGGGCUGGAACAGCAGGCAGGGCACAGCCAGACAGGGUUAAGGGGACACAGUGCUCCAGGGACGCACUGGGCUUAGUGCAAGCAAAGCCUGAGGGAAAAACAAACACCAAACCAAGGGAGGCUGGUUUCCCCUGCUUUUUUUAGUAAUGUUUUUCAACCUGAGUUUCAGAUCCUACUUUUCUCCUCCUCCUGGGGUGGGCAGAGCUGUAGGAAAGGACUUGGAGGUUUCCACACAGUGUUGACCUCUGGCAGGACUAGAUUUAGGCACUGUAAAAAAACUGCAAUAAAAAAAAAAACAAACAAAAAAACCCAUAAACUCAACCUUGACUUUUGCCUGCUGCAAGGGCCACUCCUGCUCUGUGCUGUGUGACACAGCCCUGACUCAGCACGGAGCCUUUGGAGGGGAGAGGGAGCAGCCAGGCCCAGGGCCCUGGGACACCCAGAGGGGUUUGGGUUUUUCCCCAGGGAGUGGAGAAGUGGUUUCCAGCCUGAUGUCCUAAGAGCAGUCAUGUGCUGUCACACUGGGAACAACCCCAGCACGGCUCAGGCCCUGGGGACAGGGAAUCCUGCAGAGCCCACAGUGCCAGGAGAGGGGAAGGGUGGGCUGGGGUUCUGCUCCCAGCUGGGGGACACAGGCUGGAAAGCAAACUGUCACUCCAGAGGGACACCCACAUCCCUGCCCCACGGCUGUUGUGCAAACACCACAACUGUCAGACCUGCUUCCUCCUCCUUUCCUCCUGGGCCUGGGCCACUUCUCCUUUUCCUAACAGAUACCAGCAGCUUUCACAAAAAAGAGCACUCCCUCGUGCCUGCAGCCAUUGGCUCUGCCCGAAUGAUCCGGGACACAAUGCGCACUUCCUGCCACCAAACCCUGGCACAGGGCCCAGCACAGAGGGGCAGGGUCAAACACCCCUUCUGGCCUCACCACUGCACCGGGGCAGCUUUAAAAAACACAGCUCUGAAAGCCUUAUCUUGAUGUUCAGGGAAAGGGGGAAGGCGGAAGGGAAGGCUUUGUAAUGUCCUGGAACAGGAAUGUGGAGCACACACACAAAAUAUUCCCAACACAAGCACUUGCCACCAGAGAGGGCAGGCAGGCUCCUCUUCAAACACUGGAAAUGCUCCAGCUUGGCCAAACCCCACCUCUGGAAUAACACAGGAAAGAGGAAAGGAAGCUGCUCCUUUACGAAGCCGAGGAUGCUCUUUAUUAGUGCGCCUGAAAAAAAUCUAGAGAACAUCUGACAGACACGUCCAUAAAAUCGGGUUUUUUUAUAAACAAAACGCCAGCAUACAAAAUCCUGCAGUGCUUCCUCCCGUGCUCCCUACAAAAUGAUUGUCUCCAUCGUCAGUCUGUGUGUCGGGGGAGGGAGAGGAGGAUAAAUAGAAGGGGAUGCCCCGUACUCAAACUUUGUUUCCUUCCAAAGUCAUAUGGAAGAAGCAAACUCCUGCCACCCUGCUUGGUUUUACAAAAAUAAUGAACACAGGGGGUCCGUGGGGGAGGAUCAACACCUUGGAGGCUGCACCCUGACCCCCAGCCCUCCAGGGAGCCCUUUAUUGCAUGGUCAGUGGUCAGUGCCUUCCUCAGCACAGCCUAAAGCCACAGCUCCUUUCACACCCAGAAAACACCCUCCUAAAAAAGAAAAAAGUCACUGACAUCCCAGCCAGGAGAAAUCAGCUGUAGGGGAAUGUGGAGAUUAAACACAGCCACAUUUUUCCCCCACUAGCCUUCAUAAUGCUCAUUCAUGCUGCCCACAACUUAAAGCACAACAAACACCAUCUCCUGCAGCCCCAGGACUAAUCUGGAUAAACCUCCCGGGCUGCGACUCCACGCUCAGCAACUGCAAGAGCAACAACUGCACUGCUCCUUAAUUUGUGGUGGAAUUUAUGGUUUGGAAAACAGCCCUUGAAGGUCAGCUCAGAAGUAGUUUCAUACCUGCAAGUAUCCAGAAAGGAAACAAAGAGUUGCCGUGAGGCACUCGGGAAUUUGGCAAGGGUUGGGAGCAGCCACUGGUGCUGUGUGCUGCGUGGGAAGCUGCUCUCCCACUCCUUCCAAGUGCUCCCACUGUGCCAUGGAGGGAGAGAUUUCCAGAAGCAGCUCUGUCUUGCCUCCCCCUGGAAGUCUCACCCACCCUGAAAUGCUCCUGAGCUGCCCAGGUAGGAUUAGCCCUCUCCUGCUGUCCUUGUGCCACCAAGGGACAGACAGGCAUGUGGGACAAGGGAUGGGGACACUGAUCUCCCACUGCCUGCUGCACCUGGAGGAAGGAGGAAACCUCCCCAGGAAGCUCCACUCUUAGUCUGAACCUGAGGUGAGAUCAAACAGUGAGAGGUGAGGGAAGCUCCCAGCCAGGGACUUCAGUGCUGAGAGGGAGAAGAGGGACGUGGAGAGACAAAUGAUAAUGGAUGACACAAUCCCACAAACAGGGCAGAGCUGGGAAGGGAUCCCUUUCCCCCCUUCCUCCUCAUCCCUCAGCUCUCAGGUGCAGCCAGGCAGACAGGUGAGAAGAAUCCUUGUCUUCCAUAUUCCUCCUGCAUCCAAAAUCCAGGAGAA